GAAGAGAAUUCAAUAUUUUCGAGAAUGUUAGUUGGUAUCUUCUCACGAGAGGGGGACAGCUGCUAUGAUUGGCUUGUACAACAGCUGCUUUCUCCAAUGUUUAAACCAUUAGUGACAGAUGUUCGAUGCGUUUACAUCUCUAACACUGGAUCCCAGAAUUUCUAUAAUGAAGUGUCUAAGUGCGCAUUUGCCAUCCUAUAUCACUCAAAGAAGAGAGGCAGAAUAAAUGUUACAGAUGUCGUAGACUCUCUGUAUGAUGAGGAGUUGAUGCAUUUAUCCCGUGCACUAGGUAAAGACAGAGUUGUUGUUGUGAUUGAUGAUUUGGAGGACAGCACCCUGGCUGAGAAGAACAGAAUCUUAUCUGAACAGAGGAGUAUUGCAGCCCUGGCCACUGACUUGUUCCUGAUCUCUGAGAGUGAGAAGAGUUCAAUCCAACUAACUGGUUCUCCAUGGGCAGAAUCUCUGUACCAGAACGGGAGAACCAUGUCAGUGAGGGAGAAGUUAGAAACACUGAAGCAAAUAAUAGGCAGGGGACAGAGAAGGCGUUCAAAAAUCUGGAUAAUCUUUGUGUGUUUGGCUAUUGUAGUAAUUGUGGUGAUCAUUAUCGUCAGUGUAAAUCAGAAGCAAUUGCACAGUCCUGACAUUAUUGGGCCAAUAGUUAAUACAUCCAGAGAGGAGAUUAAGAUCAGUACAUCCAGAAAUGAUCUUAAGAUCACAUAAAACCAACAUAACUCUCCAAAGAAGAGAAACGACAACUUCAGUGAUGAUGAUGAUGAUGCUGUGGCUCCUCAUUUAAUUUAAUGCUUCUUAUUUACAUUUGCGCUAAUAAUCAUCAAUGGAGCAGAGGAAACAGCCCUGAACUCAUGGCACCUAUGAUGGCUCUUUAGAAGUUCUCUUCUGAUUACUCUCAAUCCUUUGUUGGCUCCUCUCAAGUCUUCUGCUGGCUCCUCUCAAGUCUUUUGUUGGCUCCUCUCAAGUCUUCUGCUGGCUCCUCUCAAGUCUUUUGUUGGCUCCUCUCAAGUCUUUUGCUGGCUCCUCUCAAGUCUUCUGCUGGCUCCUCUCAAGUCUUUUGUUGGCUCCUCUCAAGUCUUCUGCUGGCUCCUCUCAAGUCUUUUGUUGGCUCCUCUCAAGUCUUCUGCUGGCUCCUCUCAAGUCUUUUGCUGGCUCCUCUCAAGUCUUCUGCUGGCUCCUCUCAAGUCUUUUGUUGGCUCCUCUCAAGUCUUCUGCUGGUUCCUCUCAAGUCUUUUGCUGGCUCCUCUCAAGUCUUUUGCUGGCUCCUCUCAAGUCUUCUGCUGGCUCCUCUCAAGUCUUUUGCUGGCUCCUCUCAAGUCUUCUGCUGGCUCCUCUCAAGUCUUCUGCUGGCUCCUCUCAAGUCUUCUGCCCUUUCCUCUCAAGUCUUUUGCUGGCUCCUCUCAAGUCUUUUGCUGGCUCCUCUCAAGUCUUCUGCUGGCUCCUCUCAAGUC